AUGGUCUUAAUAUCACUCUUUCUCCGGGCGGUCGCCUUCACUCUCUUGGCGGCCACCUCCACCAACGCCGAGAUUGGAAUCGUCGUCCCCUGGAACAUCACAGCCGGUCAGACCGAGGAGCUCACAAUCAGAACAAGAAUCGACGCGUCAGAUCACGAAGCUCGGAAAAGAUUCAACGCCUACCGCGUCUUCCUCGCGCUAGAGCCACCAGGAUGGGGUGCGGGACCGGUAUGCUGGCUUGUCUGGAGCGUGCCCCUGGACACGGAUCGCGUCAACAUCACCAUCCCCGCCGACGUGGCGCCUGACAAGACCCGGAUCCGCAUCUCCGCUAGCCUCUACAAGACAGGCCAGUCCAGAGUCAAUGGAUAUUCUUACAGCAGCCGGACGACACUGCUUGGGGCAAACGGGACUUGGAGCCAGAGAGAGUUGGACGGGUGGGACAGUAGCGAUGAGAACGAUAUAUCUUGCUGGGCCUUUGGGUGUACAAGACGGUGCCACAUGAAGUAUUACACUGGCGAUAAGACGCGGUACAGUGAUGGAAGCAGUGAGAAGGACUUGGACGCCUGCAUUGGCCAGUGUAUAAAGGAUUUUGAGCCUCGAAGCGCGGGGUCUAGAUCCACAACUGUCACGACGGCGAUGUGCAUGCUGGCGGCGGUUAUAGCUGUUGGAGUUAUUAAUUUGGUCAUAUAA